AGAUGGUACAUACACGGUGAUAUGAUGUAACUUGAUGUAAUCUUUCAUUCUCAUACGAAACGUUACGUAGAAAAUACGUGUGAAAAGAUUAGUAAUUUUUGAUAUCGAUUUGCCAUUGAUCACCUUUCCAAUUUAUUCUUUAUAUCACAUUCCAAAACUUGCACAGUUCUAUUUAAGGUAAAUUCAAUUGGAGUGCAGAAAAAAUGGAUCAUCGAAUGUUUAAAAUUUACAAUAAAGAAGAUUUUGAUCGGAUUACUAAAGGCAUUAAAGUAGCACAAUGCAUGCAAUCACGAUCAUCUUCUGUUCCAGAAAUAGAAAAUAUAUUAACUCAACUAGAGGAAUUAUCUGUAUCAGAUUCGUUGAGCUGUUCUUUUUGUAAUACUGUAUUUGAGGAUAAAACGCAUCAAAGAUUACAUUAUAAAUUAGAUUGGCAUCGUUAUAAUCUGAAACAACAUUUGAAUGGUCUAAAGUCAAUUAAUGAAGAUAACUUCAAUCUUUUAGCAGAUAAAGGAGAUGUAUCCAGUCUUUCUGGUAGUGAAGUAGAUUCUGAAAAUGAAGACGAUACAGGUACUUCGGAAACAGGAGGAUCAUCAAGUCUAUCUACGAAAAAUAACGAAUCAAUGAGUAAGAAUGAAAAUUCAUCUAUUAUAAAAAAUAAAAAACACGAAAGAAAGGGAAAAUCUCAAGAAGUAGUAUCUGAUAGUUCAGACACAGAGUACAAUGAAGAAAUAUCUAAAAAAAAAAAGAUUCAAGAAUUACUUGCUAUUGCUAGUCGUCAUUCCAAAGUAUUUUUUGAAAAUGAUGAUGGAAAUAUAUUUAGUAUAUAUAGAUGUUUACUUCAUAACAAAAAGGAAAUUCCUGAGGUGGACGAUGAGAUGAUAGCUCAGGCAAUGAAUAGUGGGAAGAAAACAUCAUGGACCAUUAUCAUGGUUGGAGGUGGACAUUUUGCAGCAGCAGUUUUUCAAGAUGGAGAAUCAAUUGUGCAUAAAACCUUUCAUUCUUAUACUGUUCGAGCCAAACAAGGUUCUGCACAAACUUCUCGUGACAGUCGUUCAUUAGGCAGUCAUACAAAAAGUGCUGGAGCAAGUUUGCGUCGUUAUAAUGAAGCAUCUUUUAUACAGCAUGUGCAAGAAAUAUUGGAAUUAUGGACGAAUUAUAUCAACAAUUCAUCAUUAAUUUUGUAUAGAGCUGUGGGGCCAUAUAAUCGUACUAUACUAUUUGGUGGUAAAAAUCCACCUUUAAAUAAAAAUGAUUCUAGACUAAGGCCAUUACCAUUUCCUACUCGAAGAGCUACAUUUAGUGAAGUUAAGCGUGUGUAUGAUAUAUUAAGUACAAUAGAAAUAUAUGGUUCUGCAGCAAAUUUUACUGAUUGUUUCCCUAUUUCACCACGACAACCACCACGAAAAAAGAUUUCAAAAAUUGAUUUAGUAGUUGAAGUACCUGAAGAAGAAACAAAUUCAAGUUCUAAUGUAAAAUUCACAAACAAUGUCAAUAGUUUGAAAAAUAAUGAAGACAUUAAAAUGAUAAUGCAAUCAUCUCCAGAAAGGCAACAUAGAGGUUCUCGUGGAAACAUAGACAGAGCCAAACCACGUAAAAGUCCAUGCCGUCCUUUGCCUGAUAUUGUUAUCAAAUUAGCUUUGACAUCUACAGAGUCUGAAACAAGCGAAAACAAUGAUUACACUAAUGAUCAAGUAAAUAUGCCUCUAGUUGAACAUAAUAUGGAAAUUGAAUUCCGAGAACAUUUACUCGCUUUUCAGGAUACUGUACCACGAUAUAUGAAAAAUAAGAAAGCACGUAAACAAAAAAAAAAAGUGAAAAAAAAUCACACUGAUGAGUCUAUAGUAAAUGAAGUAUUACAUAAUGCUAAAUAUCAAUUAUGGAAUGCAUGUAAAUUGGGUGAUAAUGAAUUGUUAACUUCUACAAUAGAUAUUUUAUUAACUGAAAUUAAAAAAUUCGAGUCAACAUUAGGAGAAGAAAGCAACGUAGAUACUCGAACUUCUUUCAAUAUGGAAAGUGUGAUCAAAUUGUUAAAUGAUGGAAAUGAAGAUGGUAAUACAAUGCUUCAUUUAGCAGCUAUUGGAGGACAUUUAAAAUUAAUAUGGGCGUUGUUAGAAAUUGGGUCGAAUCCUUGCAACAAAAAUAAAAAAUUACAAACACCUUAUGCAGCUUCAAAAAAUAAAGAAACUAGAAAUACGUUUAGAAGAUUUAUGGCUGAUUACCCUGAUAAGUUCGAUUAUAGUAAGUCACAAAUACCUGGACCACUUAAUGAUGAAAUAGAACAAGAAGAAACGGAAAAAAAGAGACAACAAAGAAAAGUGAAACGUGAAAAAGAAAAAAUUAAAAAACGAGAAUUUGAAGUAAAAAAGCGGGAAGAAGAAGCAAAGCAACGAUUUUUAAAUUUGAAUGAUAAGGAAAAGAGGGCAUUAGUUGCAGAAAAUAUUACAAAAGAAAAUCAUACUGUCCGAUGUUUUCAAUGUGCUACAGACAUUACAAAUCAGGUGCCUUUUAAUUACAGUUCAAAUUAUUUCUGUUCUAUGCCAUGUUUAAAAGAACAUCGCCUUCAUAAUAAACAAGUUCUCUAAUGCAAUAAAACAUACGUUUAGAAUAGGUUUUAUAAGAAUAGAAAUAGAAAUAAAAUAAUGUAGUAACGUGCUUUAAUUGUAUAAUUAAGCUAAUAUUUUAAGUAAUUGUUCUCAUAAUUCUACAUUAUGCAUAUAAAUAAA